GCCUCCAAGCCCCACCAAGCCUCUCACCAACCUCACCCCACUAGCGUGCCCAUUGCCAUUGCCCCUCCAAAUUUCUAAGUCCAUAUAAAUCUUCCUACCCAGUUCCUGAAAGCCCACCUUCAUAAAAAUCUAUCUGAAAUAGAUUUGAGACUAACAAAUGGCUUCCAAACCUAGUGGGUGCCCUUGCCUAGCCACCUUGGUCCUCUUCCUGGUGUGCUCGAUGGCUUCUCUCCAAGGAGCCAUUGCCGCCGGGGAGUGCGGGAAAACGCCCAUCAGCACCGCGGCGGUGAGCCUGAGCCCGUGCUUGAGCGCGGCUGGGAAUGCAAAGGCCAAGGUCCCUCCCGCUUGCUGCACUAAAGUCGGCGCGCUCAUCGCGACCGCACCCAAAUGUCUCUGCGCCGUUCUCCUGUCUCCUCUAGCCAAGCAGGCUGGGAUCAACCUUGGAAUCGCUAUCACCAUCCCUAAGAGGUGCAACAUCAAGAAGAGACCCGUUGGAAAGAAGUGUGGAAAGUACACUGUUCCAUAAGAACGAUGCAAUCCUGGCUCGAAGGCCAUGCGCACCCUGGUCAGCUUUUUCUGGAUAAAAGCUUAGAAAUGAUAUGU